AUGGCACCGGGAUUGCGAGGGUGCUAUCGUCUGGAGCGAUUCUACACGAAUACACUGGCCAAUGCGAAGCAAUUCAUGAAUGGGUAUGCUAGUGCGCAGCACAGCGGGCAACUAGAGGGAUGGAAACAACGAAUUGAUGGACUUUUUAUGGAUUUCAAAACUAAUCGUCUCACCAUCGAAAUGUUAGAAGACGAUUUGGAUGAGAAACCGAUGAGUGAGGGUGCCAAGGGAUUUGAUGAUGCUGUAACAAUUACCGCCGAUGAAAAGCAUCGCCUUAUCUAUCAGAAGUUCGAACUAAAUUACGUCUUGGUGUCUAGCUUUCUUGCGAACGAGAUCAGGAAACUAACGCCCGCUGACCCACCGAUUCAACCUUCUCAAGCUUCCGGACAAUCGCGGGUGAAGUUGCCUGAAGGCAAACUUCCCAGUUUCGAUGGCACGAUUUCGGAGUGGAUCACUUUUCGCGAUUCAUUCAAGCCCCUCAUUGACUCCAACCAACAGCUCACCCCGUUCGACAAGUUCUCUUACCUCGUAGCAUCCCUUACUAAAGACGCAAGAAAGGUUGUCGAAUCAGUCGAGCUCUCUGCUGUCAAUUACCCUGUCGCUUGGCAGCUGCUGGAGAAGAGGUUUGAGAAUAAGAAACUGAUUCUCAAAACUUAUCUCGACGCCCUUUUCGCUAUUAAGCCGAUGAAAAGGGAAAGUUAUGAGACACUAAUGCGAUUAGCUGAUGAUUUUGAGCGGAACUUAAGCAUGAUCGACAAGAUGGGAAUUUCAACGGCUGGUUGGAGUGUCCUGUUAGCUCAUAUGCUCUGCAGCCGUCUCGAUGCCUCUACUCUGAAGCAAUGGGAGUCUCACUACCGAUCGACGAACGUUCCGGAAUACAAGGACAUCAUCAUCUUCAUCCAAGGUCAUCUGUCAGUUCUACAAUCGUUGCCACCGUCCAAGUCACAUUUGGCGGAGUUUAGCGAGGCGGAACACCAACGGCCGAUGAAAUCGAAAACCAACACCGUUCACGCCGUGACAAGUCCAGCGACCAGCUCGUGUCCAUUUUGCUCAAAAUCUCCGCACUCCCCAUUCAAAUGCGAUUUCUUCCAAGUCUCUCAGCGAUUUGACCUUGUGAAGAAGAAAAACCUCUACAUCAAUUGCUUUUCCUCGUCGCACAUGCUUCGCAGUUGUUCGUCUAGCAGCUGCAGAGUCUGCAACCAGAAGCACCAUACUAUGCUCCACCAAUCACCCAAUGAUCGCCCCUUCAAUCCAAGCAAGCCCCCGGCUCCUGCUAUUCCUCGCUCGAAUCCGGAGAAUCAAACAUUUUCUAACCAGUCUUCCUCGCAAUCGCUUCCAACGUCAUCGUCUGCUUCAGAACACCCAAAGCCCUCGUCCUCUGCCACAAGCCUCGUGUCCACCACCGUCGUCGAAACUCCAAGAAGCGCUCUAGCCACCGUGUUGCUACAGACAGCAAUCGUCAAGGUGUUUUCAACGAACGGCCAUACCCAAUGGGCCAGAGCAUUGCUAGAUCCAGCGUCGCAGUUGAAUCUCAUCAACGAGAGUCUCGUCCAAAGGCUGAAGUUGCAUCGCUAUCAGUGUCACCAAGAGAUCGGCGGCGUCGGCAACUCUUCAAUCGUUUCAUCUCACGCCGUUCUUGUUCGGAUGGGAUCUCACUGCACGGACUUUGCUGCGGAACAACGGUGUCACAUCCUGAAGAAGAUUACUAGAGACCUUCCCUGCAGAUCGCUUGAUGCUUCGUCCUGGACAUUGCCACCGAACGUCAUUUUAGCGGAUCCUAAGUUCCUCGAGCCGGGGCCCAUCGAUCUACUACUUGGCAUGGAAUUAUACUACGAUCUGCUACUUGACGGGUUCACCAAAUUGGGUCCCGAGAAGCCGAUUCUGCAGAACACCGUCUUCGGUUGGGUUGCUUCAGGAAAGAUCAGUUCAAGUCCGCCCAAUAGAACUCCAAAGCUGGCUCAUGUAUGUAGUGAUCAACAACUCAACGAGCUUAUCUCACACUUCUGGGAAAUCGAGUCCUGCUGGUCGAAUAGCACUCAAUCCAUCGAGGAAGCAGCCUGUGAAGACCACAUCACUUCCAACACUUUUCGAGAUGAAACGGGUCGGUUUGUAGUUACCCUUCCGAAACAUCUUUCAGUUCUCGCCCAACUCGGUAGCUCCAAGGAGAUUGCUACCAAAAGAUUUCUCGGUCUCGAACGUCGCCUUGAUGGAAGUUCCAAGCUGAAGGAAACCUACACUGCCUUCGUCGAUGAAUAUCUGCAGCUGGGUCAUAUGAGGGAAGUGGAUUACUCUUCAGCGUCUUCGUCUGCUGCACUAUUGUAUUACCUUCCGCACCAUGGAGUAGAGAAAGCAGACAGUACAACCACAAAAUUGCGAGUCGUUUUCGACGCUUCGUGUCCUGGCCCAUUUGUAUCACAAGGUCUCCGAAAGCACCGAACUGAAAACCAAACCAUUCUUUUGGACGGAUUCCAUGAUAGCUCUCUGCCAGAUUCGCUCGCCACCUGCUCGUUGGAAAACCUUCGUAGCAAACCGUGUCUCGGAGAUCCAACGGCUCACGGUUUAUGGCACUUGGGCUCACGUACCCGGUACUGA